UAAACCGCAUAGGUCCAUUUCUUUAAAAAUCUUAUACGUAAGGCUAUAUAUGCCGGUGACUCCUAAGACCAGUUGUCCGGCUUUAAUAACCGGAUCGAAUCUGGCUGGAAUACCUCGUAAAUCAACAACAAAUUAACGGUAUUUGUUUUGAUUGGUUCUCGGGAAAAUCAAGCUCAAAAUCUUGGUUCUUUAUUCAUCUGUACAGGAGAGACUUUAGUAGUAUCAAGCUUGGGGACAUGGAUGGAUGACACGGAGAGGGAUCAAAGCUGAAAAUUAAGUACCUGAAGAGGUUGAUUAUGGGAGGGAUCAAAGCUGAAAAGUUGAAGAGUUGGAUUGCAUCUGGGUCGCGCUCCGAUCAACUUAACUUAUGCGUGGUUGGAGCCACGUCGCUGUUGAUGCUGUGCGCCUGCGCACUGCAACUCAGAGCCCUGAGCGGGAAGAUGACACCGACGUUGUUCACGUUCUGGUCUUCUCAUCUUAUUGACACUCCUCCUGAAAGAGUUUAUAAAAACAAUGGAUAUCUGAUGGUUUCGGCAAAUGGCGGAUUGAAUCAAAUGCGAGCUGGUAUUUGUGACAUGGUUGCCAUUGCAAGAUAUUUGAAUGUCACGCUUGUUGUUCCCGAAUUGGACAAUACCUCCAUUUGGCAUGAUAGGAGUGAAUUCCAAGAUAUAUUUGACGUGUAUUAUUUCAUUACAUCUUUGAAAGAUGAGGUCCGGAUAUUGAGACGGCUGCCUGAUGAGCAGAAGAGAAGAAUGAAGAACGCUUCCAUCUAUUCUAUGGAAUCGAGAAGAUGGUCCAAUAUGGGCUAUUAUUACUACAAGAUUCUUCCCCAGAUAAAAGAGCAUGAAGUCUUGCAUUUCACCAAGACUGAUUAUAGGCUUGCAAAUAAUGGGGUUCCUGAAGAUCUUCAAAAGCUGCGUUGCCGAGCAAACUAUGAAGCUCUGAGAUUCACUGCCCCUAUAGAGGAAACGGGCAAGAAGAUUGUCAGGAUUCUGAGGCAAAACGGUCCUUACUUGGCUCUUCAUCUCAGAUAUGAAAUGGAUAUGUUAGCAUUCACUGGCUGCAAUGAAGGUUGCAACGAGACAGAAGUUGAUGAACUGACUAAACUGAGAUAUGCCACCCCGUGGUGGGGACAAAAAGCAAUAAAUUCUAUCAAGAAAAGAAAAGACGGUCGUUGCCCUUUAACUCCCGAGGAAACUGCACUUGCAUUGCGGGCAUUGGAUAUUGAUCCUAGCAUUCAAGUUUAUAUCGCUGCUGGAAAUAUAUAUGGGGGAGAGAGGAGAAUGGCUGCCCUGAGAGCAGCUUUUCCAAAUCUGAUUAAAAAGGAAACAUUGAUGACAACCUCAGACCUUAAGCCCUUCCUGAAACAUUCAAACAUGAUGGCUGCGUUGGAUUACAUUGUGUCAUUAGAGAGUGACAUUUUCGUGCCAACAUAUGGAGGAAACAUGGCAAUGGUUGUUGAAGGCCAUAGAAGAUAUUUGGGGUACAAGAUGACAAUAAGUCUCGACAGAUGGCUUCUGAUACAUCUGAUAGAUGAGUACAGAAAUGGAAAACUCGGAUGGGACGAAUUCUCCCAAGAAGUGAAGACAGGCCAUGGUGAUCGCAUGGGUAGCCCUGCUCGAAGGACAGAGGUUCCUGCCAGACCCAUGCAAGAAGAUUAUUUCUAUAGUAAUCCACAUGAAUGUUUGCCGUUAGUUACGAAAAAUUCUGAGAGGACGUGAAACAAGUUAUUUUGGAAUCCCACUACUUUUCUUUUCCGCCAACGUAACUGUUGUUUCACCCUUUACUGUGUACAUAUCCUGUAAUCAAAAGGGAAAUAGUUUUUGGUCAGUUAGGUAGAGCAUCGAGGUAGG